GCGGGACGCACUGGCGGGUGCGGCGAGGCGGUCCCUUCGAGUUCGACUGUGGAAGUUCGCUCCCUGAAGAGAGUGAGGGAGGUUAGGUGCUCCCGGCCACUUUCCCGUCCCUGGGAGAUGUCCUUUGCUUCUCAGAUGUAAUGCACUUUAAGUUUGUUAUUCAACAGUGAAAAUGAGUCAUACAGAGGUUAAAUUAAAAAUACCUUUUGGAAAUAAAUUACUAGAUGCUGUUUGUUUGGUACCUAACAAGAGCUUAACAUAUGGAAUAAUUCUUACACAUGGAGCAUCAGGAGAUAUGAAUCUUCCUCAUUUGAUGUCACUGGCAUCCCAUCUUGCAUCUCAUGGUUUUUUUAGCCUGAGAUUUACCUGUAAAGGCCUUAAUAUUGUACAUAGAAUUAAGGCAUAUAAAUCAGUUUUGAAUUACCUAAAGACCUCAGGAGAAUACAAACUUGCAGGUGUUUUCCUUGGAGGUCGUUCAAUGGGCUCAAGAGCAGCUGCUUCUGUAAUGUGUCAUACUGAGCCAGAUGAUGCUGAUGAUUUUGUUCGAGGUCUCAUUUGUAUUUCCUAUCCACUGCACCAUCCAAAGCAGCAGCAUAAACUUAGAGAUGAAGAUCUCUUUCGUAUAAAAGAUCCUGUACUGUUUGUGUCAGGCUCAGCAGAUGAAAUGUGUGAAAAGAACUUGUUGGAGAAAGUGGCACAGAAAAUGCAAGCUCCUAAUAAAAUCCACUGGAUUGAGAAAGCAAGUCAUUCCAUGGCAGUGAAAGGACGGUCAACAAAUGAUGUUUUCAAAGAAAUAAAUACACAGAUUUUGUUUUGGAUCCAGGAAAUCACUGAAAUGGACAAGAAAUAAUUGUCUGUAGUUACAAGCUAUGUUAUUUUGAAUACAAAUACAGUUAAUUUGUUAAAGAACAACAUACCUCUCGGCAUUAUGAGAUACAUUUCAGACUAAUUUAAUGUACUUUAAUGUUCUCCCAUUUUUAAAACACAUUUUAAUUGUGAAAUUAAUGCCCUUUACAAAGUGUCUUUUGAAAGCACUGUUAUAGUUGUAUAAAGAUGAUGUACAAAUAUUGAAGG